ACAAAACAAAAACAAACAGAGCGAGAGGGGCCAGAGGCGCUGCGGGGCGACGGCCGAGGCUGAGAAUAUCUACCUUCUCUGAAGUUGUUGCUGGUGCAGAGUGGAACACCUACCUCAAGAUUGUCUUGUGAGAUUCUAAAGGAAGACUUCAAUUUGGUAAUUUGUUUAAUCAGUGCAAGUGAAAUUAAGGAACAAUGGAUGUAGAAAAUGAGCAGAUACUGAAUGUGAACCCCACAGAUCCUGAUAAUUUAAGUGAUUCUCUCUUUUCUGGUGAUGAAGAAAAUGCUGGGACUGAGGAAAUAAAGAAUGAAAUAAAUGGAAAUUGGAUUUCUGCAUCCUCCAUUAAUGAAGCUAGAAUUAAUGCCAAGGCAAAAAGACGACUACGGAAAAACUCAUCCCGGGACUCUGGCAGAGGAGAUUCAGUCAGUGAUAACGGAAGUGAAGCGGUUAGGAGUGGAGUAACUGUGCCGACCAGUCCAAAGGGAAGGUUGCUAGAUAGGCGAUCCAGAUCUGGGAAAGGAAGGGGACUACCAAAGAAAGGUGGUGCAGGAGGCAAAGGUGUCUGGGGUACACCUGGACAAGUUUAUGAUGUGGAGGAGGUGGAUGUGAAAGACCCCAACUAUGAUGAUGACCAGGAGAACUGUGUUUAUGAAACUGUAGUUUUGCCCUUGGAUGAAACAGCAUUUGAAAAAACUUUAACACCAAUUAUACAAGAAUACUUUGAGCAUGGGGAUACUAAUGAAGUUGCGGAAAUGCUAAAAGAUUUAAAUCUUGGUGAAAUGAAAAGUGGAGUACCAGUGUUGGCAGUGUCCUUAGCAUUGGAGGGGAAGGCUAGUCACAGAGAAAUGACAUCUAAGCUUCUUUCUGACCUUUGUGGGACAGUCAUGAGCACAAAUGAUGUGGAAAAGUCAUUUGAUAAAUUGUUGAAGGAUCUACCUGAAUUAGCAUUGGAUACUCCUAGAGCACCACAGUUGGUGGGCCAAUUCAUUGCUAGAGCUGUUGGAGAUGGAAUUUUAUGUAAUACCUAUAUUGACAGUUACAAAGGAACUGUAGAUUGUGUACAGGCUAGAGCUGCUCUGGAUAAGGCUACUGUGCUCCUGAGUAUGUCUAAAGGUGGAAAACGUAAAGAUAGUGUGUGGGGCUCUGGAGGUGGGCAGCAGUCUGUCAAUCACCUUGUUAAAGAGAUUGAUAUGCUGCUGAAAGAGUAUUUACUCUCUGGAGACAUUUCUGAAGCUGAACAUUGCCUUAAGGAACUGGAAGUACCUCAUUUUCACCAUGAGCUUGUUUACGAAGCUAUUGUAAUGGUUUUAGAGUCAACUGGAGAAAGUGCAUUCAAGAUGAUUUUGGAUUUAUUAAAAUCUCUUUGGAAGUCUUCUACCAUUACUGUAGACCAAAUGAAAAGGGGUUAUGAGAGAAUUUACAAUGAAAUUCCAGACAUUAAUUUGGAUGUUCCACAUUCAUACUCUGUGCUUGAGAGAUUUGUAGAAGAAUGUUUUCAGGCUGGAAUAAUUUCCAAACAACUCAGAGAUCUUUGUCCCUCACGGGGCAGAAAGCGUUUUGUAAGUGAAGGAGAUGGUGGUCGUCUUAAACCAGAGAGCUACUGAAUAUAAGAACUCUUGCGGUCUUAGAUGUUAUACAAAUAUAUAUCUGAAUUGUAAGAGUUGUUAGCACAGUUUUUUUUAAGCACUUGUUUUGGGUACAAAGCAUUUGUGAAAUUUUAUAAACUUCAUUUAAGGGGAAUUUUUAAAAGAAGUGUUUUCUUUUUUCUUUGUUUUUGAGGGGAUAAAGGAUGGACAAAAAAGUAACCACUUCUUAAGUGGAAUAUUCUAAUAAGCUAUCUUUUCUAAGUGCCAUGUUUAUGACCUAAUCAUUCCAAGUUUUGCAUUGAUGUCUUGACUGCCACUUCUUUCUUUCAAGGACAGUGUUUUUUGUAGUAAAAUCACUGGUUUAUACAAAGCUUUAUUUAGGGGGUAAAGUUAAGCUGCUAGAACCCCGUGUUGGCUGCUGCUGCUGAAUACUGUGCUUUGGGAGUAAAAAAAAAAGGUCUUUUUUUUGUCUUAAAGAAUUUUUAAAAAAUGAUUUAGUCAUGAGACUUAUUCAUCUUUCCAGGGAACAUAUUGUUUGGUCUUAAAAGACUAGACAGUUAAGUAAAUGGUGGCUGGAACAUCUAUUUUUCUACAAAACUGGAAAAAUGAACCUGGUUCUACAAGAAUGUACAACACACAAUAAAACAUGUGAAGCAUCGUUGAUUCUU